GAACUUUUUGUUCAGUAUCUCGCCACUCACUCCUACAGACACGGCAGUGGGAAGGAAAGGAAAGCGCUGACUUACAGCGAUUUAGCAAAUGCUGCUGCGGGAUCAGAAACCUUCCAAUUUCUUGCAGAUAUAUUACCGAAGAAGAUUCUAGCUAGUAAAUACCUGAAAAUGCUUAAGGAAGAGAAGAGGGAAGAUGAGGAUGACGACAAUGACGGCCAUGACGAAGCUGAAUCCUAAGCCAGGGACGUGCUCAGGGAUGAGCCUGUGGGCCCCUCCGGGCGGCAGUGGGCUUGAGUGAGCACAGCUGCGCCCCUGGGCCUCUCUCCUUUUCAGACUCCCAGCGCACCAAUUCCUUGCUGGCUAAGAGGGAGCGUCUUGUGCACCUGCCCAUGAAGAACCCAAAGAAAGUAGGCCAGACUGGCCCUCUGACGGCGCCCAGCGCCCUGCACCCUGCACCCUGCACCCAAGCUCCUGGGCACCUGUGCAGCAGCUCUGAGGCAGCCCGAGCUGGAGCGGCAGGC